AUGGCAAGAUGCAAAAAAGAUAACCUGGAAUGUCCAGUAUGUAUUGACGUCAUCGAAAAUGCUACGAUAUUGAAUUGCGGUCAUACCUUCUGUCGAGAGUGUCUAGAGGGGAUCUACCAACUCUCCGGAGCUUGCUUGUCGUGUCCGGUGUGUCGAGCAGAGACGACGUUAACCGAGAAGGGUGUCGAGGGACUCCCCAGAAAUGUCAUGAUCAACAGUCUUGCGAAUGACUACCAGGUGUCUCUCACUUCGGCGAAAGCAUGUCCCUUCCACAAAGAGCAUGAGAAGGAAUUCUUCUGCCAGGAAUGCAAAGUGCACAUCUGUAUGAGAUGCGUGGUCACCGGGCAUCUGAACCACCCAAUGAAAACCAAAGAGGAUUUCAAGAGGGAGAUACAGGAAAAGAUAGACUGUCUCCUGCAACGUGGCCAGGCUAAGAAAGCAGACAUGGAGAGAGUGAUCGCAUCUGCCGAGGCACCGAAAGGACAAGUGGCCUCUGCAGUGGUCAAUUUGAAGCGUUGUAUCAAGAAUGCGUUUGCCAGGAAAUCAAGGCUUUUGAAGGAAAAUGAAACCUCCUUACUGGAGGAAAUCCAUUCGUUGCAGAGUAGCUAUGACAGCAGCAUUGAUGAGGACACAAUGCUGUAUUAUUAUCAGGUUGUUCAGGAUAUCAGUCGUGCCUUGACGGUGAUCACAGCCGAAGAUCCAGAAAGCUUGGAAGCGGACAGCCUGGCUAGUCACACCAUGGUGUGCAACGACUUGGAUGAACUCCUCAACAAAGUCCUUGCCGGCAAAAUUGAUGCCGAGGCCAUGGCACGCGCCAAGGAGGCCGUGAUGAAUGCGGAAUUCCACCCAUCAGGAGACGAGCUGCUGAAUCUUGGUAUGGUCAAGACCAAAAAGAAGGUGGAGCUAGUCAUGAUUGAUGUUAAUCAGCUUCUGCCGUUGGUGAAGGGGUUGGCAGCACAGUCGGAGGACACAGCUAAGGUUGAAUAUGGCGCCUGUCGGUCUUAUGAGGACAGAGUUAAUCAAAGGGAUGAAAAAUGUCAAUUCACGGAAGCUGAUGACUACGGGAAAGUUCCAGAAUGCGAUGAUGAUCAAUUUGAGUACUCGGAAGGGGACCACGCAGAAAACGUAAUGCAGAAUGAGAUGGAGAGGCAGGUGCGUUCAUGUACAGAAGCUGCCAACGUGGAAAAUUCAGAAUGCGAUGAUGAUGAUUUUGCAUCGUACUCGGAUGCUGACUACGCGGAAAGACUGAUACAGACUGAGUUGGAGAUGCAGACUGAGUUGGAGAUGCAGGUGCGUUUAUGUAUAGAAGCUGACAACGUGGAAAAUGCAGAUGGCGAAUUUGUGUUCUCGGGAUUAGCUGCUCAACUGCCUACGUGGAAAACAUGA